AUGUCGCCUCCCUUGUUUGAUUUUGUCGAGGCUAAAGACAAACUCACGGAAUCCGCCAAGCAAGCACUGAGCGACAAAAGCAGCAGAGCCGUCAUUAACGCUUUCCAUCACAUCACCGGAAAUGAGACCGAAAAGAAGACCACACUGGACCAGGCUUUUCGGGUGGUUCUCGGAGAGCAGAUUAUGGACCAGGCGUCGAGUUGUGACGACUACCUGUCUCUUAUCUGUAUGAGCAUAGAUGCAGUCACUGAGGGGAUUUGCUCUGCAACAACGCCUUUCGUGCUGCUGGGAGAUGUGCUGGACAGUCUUCCUCUGGACCAGUGUGACAACAUCUUUACCUUUGUGGAGGAGAACGUCGCCACGUGGAAAUCUAAUUCCUUCUACACUGCUGGCAAAAACUACCUGUUGAGGAUGUGUAAUGAUCUCCUACGACGUCUGUCCAAGUCUCAGAACACUGUAUUCUGUGGACGGAUACAACUUUUCCUGGCCCGUCUUUUCCCGCUCUCGGAAAAAUCCGGUCUGAAUCUCCAGAGCCAGUUCAACCUGGACAAUAUCACAGUUUUCAACAAAAACGAAGAUGAAAGCACUUUUGGACUCAAGCACACAGAAGAGAAGGAAGAUGGCAUGGAGGUGGAGGAAGGAGAGAUGGGCGAGGAAGAAGCGCCAGCGUCUUGCUCCAUCCCCAUCGACUACAACCUUUACAGAAAGUUCUGGACGCUGCAGGACUACUUCAGAAAUCCGGUACAGUGCUACGACAAAGUCUCCUGGAUGACCUUCCUCAAGUACUCGGAUGAGACGCUGGCCGUGUUCAAGAGCUUUAAGCUGGACGACAUGCAAGCGUCCAAGAGGAAGCUGGAAGAGCUUCGAGCCUCCAGUGGGGAGCACGUCUACUUUGCCAAGUUCCUCACAAGUGAAAAGCUGAUGGAUUUGCAGUUGAGCGACAGCAACUUCCGCCGCCAUAUUCUGCUCCAAUACCUGAUCCUCUUUCAGUACCUCAAAGGACAAGUCAAAUUCAAAAGCUCCAGCUGCUUGCUAAAUGACGAGCAGACCACGUGGAUUGAUGAAACCACCAAGCUCGUUUAUCAGCUUCUCAAGGAAAUUCCUCCUGACGGCGAUAAGUUUGCCACCAUGGUGGAACGGAUCCUCAGCACCGAGGAAAAUUGGAUCGCUUGGAAAAAUGAGGGCUGUCCGAGCUUUGUCAAAGAACGUCCGGCCGACGACAAGCCCAAACGGCCCACCCGGAAACGAGCGGCACCGGAAGACUUCUUGGGAAAAGGGCCUGACAGGAAAAUCUUCAUGGGAAAUGAUGAGUUGACACGCCUGUGGAACCUAAACCUGGACAACAUGGAAGCUUGCAAAUCAGACACCAGGGAAUUCAUGCCCUCGCUGGAUGAAUUUUUUGCCGAAGCCAUCGAGCAGGCCGACCCCGUCAACAUGGUGGAGGAAGAGUACAAGGUUGUCCGGAACCCAAACUACGGCUGGCGAGCGUUAAGGCUGCUCUCCAGGAGAAGUCCGCACUUUUUUCAGCCCACCACCCAGAAGUUUAACAGCCUGGCAGACUACUUGGACAGCAUGGUCAGCAAGCUGGCCAAGGAGCUACCUAAAGAUAUUCCGUCAGAGGAGAUCAAGACGGGCGAAGAUGACGAUGACGAAAACGGAGACAAUCUGCUUAAAGACAGCAACGACAGCCCGAGCAUGCCGAGCAAGAUGGUAAGCAACCAACAGAUGGACGAAGUGGCAGCCAAGCUGGGUGGCCGUUGGAAGUCGCUGGCCUCACAUUUGGAGAUGCGCGCGGCAGAGCUGCGCGAGAUAGAGAACGAAAGCGAGGAUGCCGAGAUCCGUGCCAAGCUGUUGCUGGUCACCUGGCAGGACCGGGAAGGGGCGCAGGCUACUGUGGAGAGCCUGGUGGCAGCCCUCAAUGCCGCUGGCUUUGCUAAGAUGGCGGAUGAUCUCAGCGAAGCUUGA